UCCUCCACAGACAAUGGCUUCUCGACCUGAACUGGAAGACCAGAAAUCCACAGGAUCCACAGAGAAGCACAAAGAUGAUCAACUCAGUGGGAACUCAGAGACAGAAGAGAAGGCUGUUUCCAUGGCGUCGGCCCAUUCCACUGUGGGCCUGGUAGAGAGGGGGUGUGAGGAGGAGAAGGACCCGUGGGACUUACCAGAACUACAGGACGGGGCGGCAGCAUGGUCAGAACUGGACACCAAGGGGAAGGUGUUGAGGGUGGUGACGUCGACAGGGAAGGGACUUCUGCUGCUGGGAUUCCUGUACAUGUUCAUCUGUUCACUAGACAUCCUCAGCUCUGCCUUCCAACUGGUCGGAGGUAAGGCAGCAGGUGAUAUCUUCACGGAGGGCUCAGUGCUGUCUAACCCUCUGGCUGGUCUGGUCAUCGGAGUCCUGGUCACUCUGUUGGUCCAGAGCUCCUCUACCUCCUCCUCUAUAGUGGUCAGCAUGGUCCAGAUGGCUGUUCCUGUCAUCAUGGGGACCAACAUCGGAACCUCCGUCACCAACACGCUCGUUGCCAUGACGCAGGCUGGCGACCGCAACAAGUUCCGCAGGUGA